CCGUUAAUAUUUGUCGGCGCAGAGCUCUGCUCUGCUUCGCUAGUCUUUUUUCUUUUCUUGUUCAUAUUCGAAGGUUGUUACGUGCUUCUAAAAUUUUAUAAUUGCUUUUAGUUUUAAAACGAAAAAAGCUGCUGAUCUAAGGACACAGCUCAACGAAACAGAGUUUUUAGCGGAUUCAUAAUUUUUUCUGCUAUUGCUCUUAAGACGACGACGGCGAUACACGGAAAUCGAUUUGCUACAGACACACAUACACAAAUCUUGCAUAAUGAAAAUCUGGACGUCAGAACACACAUUCAACCAUCCGUGGGAAACAGUAACACAGGCAGCAUGGCGUAAAUAUCCCAAUCCCAUGACACCGUCCAUCAUUGGCACCGAUGUAGUCGAACGCAAAGUGGUCGAUGGCGUUUUACACACACACCGUCUGGUGCAGUCUAAAUGGUGUUUACCCAAAUGGACACACAAACUAAUUGGCACCGCCAAAACUUGUUUGGCCAGUGAACGCUCCACAGUGGAUCCCAGUAAACGUUCCAUGGUUUUGAAGACAAUUAAUUUAACAUUUUGCCGUCACAUUUCCGUCGACGAAGUUGUAUACUAUGAACCCCAUCCCACAGAUCCCUCAAAGACCCUACUGAAGCAGGAGGCUUCAGUUACUGUACAUGGUGUGCCGCUGUGUAAUUAUAUGGAAGAUAUGGUCACCUCUACCAUAAGCAUGAAUGCGGGCAAAGGACGCCAGGGUCUAGAGUGGGUUAUAGGACGCAUUAAUUCCGAAGUUAAAGGUAUUGCCGAAACUGCUGCCAAAAGUACAGAUGAUUUGAUAUUGAAUACAAAACGGUCCCUUGAUGAUAUGACAGAAAGUGCACGAAAGAAUUUGGAUGAGAUAAGUGCGCAGGCCGCCAAACAUAUGCACAUUUAGGUUUAAAAGAUUAGAAAAAACCCACAAAUUAAACAACAACAAUAAAUUUAGAACAAACACAAAACAACAGCAAUUAAAAACAAUAAUAAAUAUACUAGGUCGCAAAAAGCUCAAGUGGUACCGACUGACAAUGUCCCAGAAAACAUGCUAAUGAAAGAAGAAUUUGUUUCGAAAGGAAGGCUUAAGAUAUUGGAGAGUUAAGAUGAGCCGUGGCGUACAAUUGUGGAAACGAUGAUAAAGUAGUUAUGGAAUUAAUUGUUUGUUCCAACUUUGUGGCGGACUAAAUGAAAUGUUAAGCAGUUGUUUGAAACUUAAAAUAAGACAAAAGAAAGUUGUGCUUUUCACUUUUUAACAAUAACUACUACAACAGAAAACAGCUAAUGUUUUGGUCAUGUGGUGCCAGUUCCUGUUACGUUUUUCCACUAUGCUAAACUAUUCUAUUUUCGAGUGAUUUUCUUUUGUUUAAACUGCAAUUGUAUAAAUGUUUUUCAUUAUACCUAUCAGAUGGAGUGUAAAUUUUGUAACAAAAAUAUAUAUUUUGUUUAUCAAAAAAAAUCUAUACAAAA